AUGGGCGACGUUGCCGUCGAGAGCCAGGCCAACCUGGUGCCACCCCAUAAGAAGACCGCUCCUUCAACGACUCCCGCCAUCGAUCGCCUCGAGGGCCUGCCGACCGAGGGCGGUGACGAAUAUGCAACGCUGAAGAAGCUGCAGCGACAGCUGGAAUAUAUUCACCUGCAGGAAGAGUACAUCAAGGAUGAGCAAAGAAGCUUGAAGCGUGAGCUGGUUCGAGCUCAAGAGGAAAUAAAGCGCAUCCAGAGCGUGCCCCUGGUGAUUGGCCAGUUUAUGGAAGCCAUUGAUCAAAAUACCGGAAUCGUGCAGUCGAGCACCGGGUCAAACUACGUGGUUCGCAUCCUGUCCACUCUUGACCGGGAGCUGCUCAAACCCUCAUCGUCGGUCGCCCUGCACCGACACUCCAACGCCCUCGUCGACAUUCUCCCGCCCGAGGCAGACUCGUCAAUCGCCAUGCUCGGCGCCGACGAGAAGCCCGACGUGACGUACGCCGACGUGGGCGGGCUGGACAUGCAGAAGCAAGAGAUCCGCGAAGCCGUGGAGCUGCCGCUGACGCACUUUGACCUGUACAAGCAGAUCGGCAUCGACCCCCCCCGCGGCGUGCUGCUGUACGGGCCCCCCGGCACCGGCAAGACGAUGCUCGUCAAGGCCGUGGCCAACUCGACCACGGCCAGCUUCAUCCGCGUCGUCGGCUCCGAGUUUGUGCAAAAGUACCUGGGCGAGGGACCCCGGAUGGUGCGCGACGUGUUCCGCAUGGCGCGGGAAAACUCCCCGGCCAUCAUCUUCAUUGACGAGAUCGACGCCAUCGCCACGAAGCGGUUCGACGCCCAGACGGGCGCCGACCGCGAGGUGCAGCGCAUCCUGCUCGAGCUGCUCAACCAGAUGGACGGCUUCGACCAGACGUCCAACGUCAAGGUCAUCAUGGCCACCAACCGCGCCGACACGCUGGACCCGGCGCUGCUCCGCCCCGGCCGCCUGGACCGCAAGAUCGAGUUCCCCUCGCUGCGGGACCGCCGCGAGCGCCGCCUCAUCUUCACCACCAUUGCCGCCAAGAUGUCGCUGGCCCCCGAGGUCGACCUGGACAGCCUGAUUAUCCGCAACGACCCGCUGUCGGGCGCCAUCAUCGCCGCCAUCAUGCAGGAGGCCGGCCUGCGCGCCGUCCGCAAGAACCGCUACAACAUCAUCCAGAGCGACCUGGAGGACGCCUACUCCAGCCAAGUCAAGGGGACCUCGGAGGACAACAAGUUUGACUUUUACAAGUAG